GGGAAAACGGUGGGAGGCCGGGGGGAGGGAGGGGACUUGGCGCCUCUGCUUCGCUCGGCUCCGCGCACCCACGCCUCGCUGUUCCGCUUCCUGCCCCCCACCUGGGCAUGCGCCCCCCGUGCCCCCAGCCUUCCAGAGCCCAAGCAGCCCCCCGGAACCUCCCUAAAGCCGGCCGCGCAGGAUGGGCGCCCCCGGCCCCAAGCCAACGCUGCUGCUGCUGCUGCUGCUGGGAGUCAUGUGCUGUGCCCGGGAGGUCCUGGUCCCCAAGGGGCCCCUGUACCGAGUGACUGGCACAGCUGUCUCCAUCUCCUGCAAUGUGAGUGGCUACGAGGGCCCUGACCAGCAGGACUUUGAGUGGUUCCUGUACAGGCCUGAGGCCCCAGAAGCUGCACUAGGCAUCAUCAGUACAAGGGAUACACGAUUCUCCUAUGCUGUGUUUGGGCCCCGUGUGGCAGCUGGUGAAGUGCAGGUGCAGCGUCUACAGGGUGAUGCCGUGGUACUCAAGAUUGCCCGCCUACAGGCCCAGGAUGCUGGUAUUUAUGAGUGUUACACUCCCUCCACAGACGCCCGCUACCUGGGCAGCUACAGUGGCAAAGUUGAGCUGAGAGUUCUUCCAGAUAUGCUGCAGGUUUCUGCUGCCCCUCCAGGGCCUCGAGGCCGUCAGGCCCCAACCUCACCACCACGUCUGACAGUGCAUGAGGGGCAGGAGCUGGCCCUGGGAUGUCUGGCAAGGACAAACACAGAGAAGCACACACACCUGGCUGUGUCCUUUGGGCGAGCUGUGCCUGAGGCUCCAGUGGGUCGAGCCACUCUGCAGGAAGUGGUGGGACUCCGAUCUAACUUGGCUGUGGAGGCUGGAGCUCCCUAUGCUGAACGGCUGGCUGCCGGGGAACUGCGGCUUGGCAAGGAAGGGACUGAUCGGUACCGCAUGGUGGUCGGGGGUGCCCAGGCAGGUGAUGCAGGCACCUAUCACUGUACCGCUGCUGAGUGGAUUCAGGAUCCCGAUGGCAGCUGGGCACAGAUUGCAGAGAAGAGGGCUGUCCUGGCCCAUGUGGAUGUGCAGACACUGUCCAGCCAGUUGGCAGUGACAGUGGGGCCUGGUGAACGUCGGAUUGGCCCAGGGGAACCCUUGGAACUGCUGUGCAAUGUGUCAGGGGCACUGCCCCCGCCAGGCCGUCAUGCUGCAUACUCUGUGGGCUGGGAGAUGGCACCUGCAGGGGCACCUGGGCCUGGCCGCCUGGUAGCCCAGCUGGACACAGAAGGCGUGGGCAGCUUGGGCCCUGGUUAUGAGGGCCGGCACAUUGCCAUGGAGAAGGUGGCAUCUAGAACCUACCGUCUACGGCUAGAGGCUGCCAGGCCUGGUGACGCGGGUACCUAUCGCUGCCUUGCCAAAGCCUAUGUUCGGGGGUCUGGGACCCGGCUUCGUGAAGCAGCCAGUGCCCGCUCCCGGCCUCUCCCUGUGCAUGUACGGGAGGAAGGUGUAGCACUGGAGGCUGUGGCAUGGCUAGCAGGGGGGACGGUAUACCGUGGGGAGACUGCGUCCCUGUUGUGCAACAUCUCUGUGCGUGGUGGUCCCCCAGGCCUGCGUCUGGCUGCCAGCUGGUGGGUGGAACGACUGGAGGAAGGAGAGCUGAGCUCUGGCCCUGCCCAGCUGGUAGGCGGUGUGGGCCAGGAUGGUGUGGCAGAGCUGGGGGUCCGACCCGGUGGAGGCCCUGUCAGCGUGGAGCUGGUGGGUCCCCGAAGCCAUCGACUGAGAUUGCACAGCUUGGGUCCUGAGGAUGAAGGUGUGUACCACUGUGCCCCCAGUGCCUGGGUGCAGCAUGCUGACUACAGCUGGUACCAGGCAGGCAGUGCCCGCUCGGGACCUGUCACAGUCUACCCCUACACGCAUGCUCUGGACACCCUAUUUGUGCCCCUUCUGGUGGGUACAGGAGUGGCCCUAGUCACCGGCGCCACCAUUCUUGCCACCAUCACCUGCUGCUUCAUGAAGAGGCUUCGAAAACGGUGAUCCCUUGCUCCACAGUUCUUGCAGGUGUCAGCUGUCUUCCAUCCAGCUCCAACUCCUCCUCUGGUUUCCUGGAUACCUCUCCCUCUGGCCACCCUUCCUUUAAUUUAUUUGACCUACACCCAUGCAAAGUGGGAGACAUGGCCCCAUUCCCCAUGCCUUCCCACCCUAGCUCCUCCCUUUGGCCCUCUGUUCUUGGUCUUUUAGGAAGGUCAUUCCAUGUCCUUGAACUAGUUUUUCUAAAAUGUGAAUAAAUUUGUUUUAUAA